UGCGGGCACACGGACAGCACCAAUGGGCGGAGGAGGAGGUGACACAUGGGAAUUUUUGACAUAUCUCCCUUAACCCUGACCUUGAGAAAGACAAUAAAAAGACGGACUUCGUUUCACCGACCCAAUCUGACCUGUGUGCUCUGAGUUCAAGAAGUCGCGUCCGCUGUGCCGAGCGCCCUGCCGGACCUUCACCAUGUCUCUAUUGGAUAUGUCCGAGUUUGGGGAAGCCGCUUCAUUCCUUCGGAAGAGCGACAAGGAGCUGCUUGUCUUGCAGACUAUACCUUUCGACGGUAAGAAGAAAGCCUGGGUACCCGAUGAUAAGGAAGCCUAUACUGAAGUGGAGAUAAAGGAGCUGGCCGGCGGAAAAGCCAUUGUGGAAACCAAGGAUGGCAGGACCAUAACUGUGAAGGAGGAUGACAUCCAACAGAUGAAUCCUCCCAAGUUCGACAUGAUCGAAGACAUGGCCAUGCUCACCCACCUGAACGAAGCUUCUGUUCUGUACAACCUGAAGCGUCGGUACAGCAACUGGAUGAUCUAUACGUAUUCUGGGCUGUUCUGUGUGACGGUGAACCCCUAUAAGUGGCUGCCUGUCUACACCGCCCCCGUCGUCGCUGCCUACAAGGGCAAGCGUCGCUCAGAGUCGCCCCCACACAUCUACUCCAUUGCCGAUAAUGCCUACAACGACAUGUUGCGCAAUCGUGAGAACCAGUCCAUGCUCAUCACCGGAGAAUCCGGUGCUGGCAAAACUGUCAACACGAAACGUGUAAUUCAGUAUUUUGCCAUUGUAGCAGCCUUGGGCGAUGCAUCCAGCAAAAAAGGAGGGCCUGCCACCAAAACAGGGGGCACCCUAGAAGACCAGAUUAUAGAGGCUAACCCUGCCAUGGAGGCCUUUGGUAAUGCCAAGACCCUGAGGAAUGACAACUCCUCUCGUUUUGGCAAGUUCAUCAGAAUCCACUUUGGGCCCACAGGGAAACUGGCUUCUGCUGAUAUUGACAUCUAUCUUCUGGAAAAAUCCAGAGUGAUCUUCCAGCAGCCAGGAGAAAGGAGUUAUCACAUCUACUAUCAGAUUGUGUCUCAGAGGAAACCGGAGCUUCUGGAUAUGUUGCUGGUCUCCUCAAACCCCUAUGACUACCACUUCUGCUCUCAAGGAGUGACCACUGUGGAUAAUCUGGAUGACGGAGACGAGCUCAUGGCGACCGAUAAAGCCAUGGAUAUCCUGGGCUUCAGUGCUGAUGAGAAGUAUGGCUGCUAUAAAAUAGUGGGCGCCAUCAUGCACUUUGGGAACAUGAAGUUCAAGCAGAAGCAGCGUGAGGAGCAGGCAGAGGCUGAUGGCACUGAAAGUGCCGACAAGGCUGCCUAUCUGAUGGGAGUCAGCUCAGCUGACCUCAUCAAGGGCCUCCUGCACCCCCGAGUCAAGGUGGGCAACGAGUGUGUCAUCAAGGGGCAGAAUGUCGAACAGGUGAACUACGCAGUGGGUGCCCUGGCCAAAGCCACUUAUGACCGCAUGUUUAAAUGGCUGGUCAACCGCAUCAACAAAACCUUGUACACCUCCCUGCCCAGGCAGUUCUUCAUAGGAGUACUGGACAUUGCAGGCUUCGAGAUCUUUGAAUACAACAGCUUUGAGCAGCUCUGCAUCAACUUCACCAAUGAGAAACUGCAACAGUUUUUCAACCACCACAUGUUCAUCCUGGAACAGGAAGAGUACAAGAGAGAGGGAAUCGAUUGGGUGUUCAUCGACUUUGGCCUGGACUUGCAGGCCUGCAUAGACCUCAUUGAGAAGCCAAUGGGAAUUCUGUCAAUCCUGGAGGAAGAGUGCAUGUUCCCCAAGGCCACAGACUCUAGUUUCAAGGCCAAGCUCUACGACAACCACCUUGGGAAAUCGGCUAACUUCCAGAAACCCAGGCCUGACAAGAAGCGCAAAUACGAAGCUCAUUUUGAGCUAGUCCACUAUGCUGGGGUGGUACCCUACAAUAUCUUUGGUUGGCUGGAUAAGAAUAAGGACCCACUGAAUGAGACAGUGGUGACCUGCUUCCAGAAAUCAGCUAAUAAGCUCCUGGCCAGCUUGUAUGAAAACUAUGUCAGUGCUGAAGCAGCUGCUGAACAUCCCAAAACAGGAGCCAAAGAGAAGCGCAAGAAGGCUGCUUCCUUCCAGACCGUGUCUCAGCUGCAUAAGGAAAAUCUGAAUAAGCUGAUGACAAACCUGCGUGCAACUCAGCCUCACUUUGUGCGGUGUAUCAUACCUAAUGAGACGAAAACUCCAGGCAUUAUGGACCCGUUUCUGGUGCUGCACCAGCUGCGCUGCAACGGCGUGCUGGAGGGCAUCCGGAUCUGCAGGAAGGGUUUUCCCAACAGGGUGCUGUAUGCUGACUUCAAGCAGCGCUAUCGUAUCCUGAACCCCAGUGCCAUCCCCGAUGAUAAGUUUGUGGACAGCAGGAAGGCUGCAGAGAAACUGCUGAGCUCCCUGGACAUCGACCACAACCAGUACAAGUUUGGACACACCAAGGUCUUCUUCAAGGCAGGCCUGCUGGGGCAGCUGGAGGAGAUGAGAGACGAGCGCCUAGCUAAGAUCCUCACCAUGAUCCAGGCCAGGGGCCGGGGAAGGAUCAUGCGGCUGGAGUACCAGAAGAUGAUCGAGAGAAGGGAUGCCCUGAUGGUUAUCCAGUGGAACAUCCGUGCCUUCAACGCGGUGAAGCACUGGCCUUGGAUGAAGCUCUUUUUCAAGAUUAAGCCUCUGCUGAGGAGUGCGGCCACGGAGAAGGAGAUGGCCAACUUGAAGGAGGAGUUCCUGAAGCUGAAGGAGGCCCUGGAGAAGAGUGAGGCCAAGAGAAAGGAGCUGGAGGAGAAACAAGUCAGCUUGAUCCAGGAGAAGAACGACCUCUCUCUGCAGCUCCAGGCUGAGCAGGACAACCUUGCAGAUGCUGAAGACCGCUGCGACCUCCUGAUCAAAGCCAAGAUCCAGCUGGAAGCCAAGGUCAAAGAGCUGACAGAGCGCCUGGAGGACGAGGAGGAGAUGAACGCGGACAUCACUUCUAAGAAGCGCAAGCUGGAGGAUGAGUGUGCCGAGCUGAAGAAGGACAUUGACGAUCUGGAGAUCACCCUGGCCAAGGUGGAGAAGGAGAAGCAUGCCACAGAGAACAAGGUUAAGAACCUGAUCGAGGAGAUGGCUGCUCUGGACGAGAUUAUCGCCAAGCUGACCAAGGAGAAGAAGGCUCUUCAGGAGGCUCACCAGCAGGCCCUGGAUGACCUGCAGGCAGAGGAGGACAAGGUCAACUCUCUGACCAAGGCUAAGGCCAAACUGGAGCAGCAAGUGGAUGAUCUGGAAGGCUCCCUUGAGCAGGAGAAGAAAGUGCGAAUGGACCUGGAACGGGCCAAGCGCAAGCUGGAAGGAGACCUCAAACUGUCGCAGGAGUCCGUCAUGGACCUGGAAAAUGACAAACAGCAGCUGGAAGAAAAACUGAAAAAGAAGGACUUUGAAAUGAACCAGCUCAGCUCGAAGAUUGAAGAUGAGCAAGUAAUGGUGAUGCAGCUUCAGAAGAAAAUCAAAGAACUGCAGGCGCGCAUCGAGGAGCUGGAGGAGGAGUUGGAGGCGGAGAGGGCCGCCCGGGCUAAGGUGGAGAAGCAGCGCUCCGAGGUGUCCCGUGAGCUGGAGGAGCUGAGCGAGAGGCUGGAGGAGGCCGGCGGGGCCACCACCGCCCAGAUCGAGAUGAACAAGAAGCGCGAGGCGGAGUUCCUGAAGCUGCGCCGGGACCUGGAGGAGGCCAUGCUGCACCACGAGUCCACUGCGGCCGCUCUGAGGAAGAAGCAUGCCGACAGCGUGGCGGAGCUGAGCGAGCAGAUAGACAGCCUGCAGCGGGUCAAACAGAAGCUGGAGAAAGAGAAGAGUGAGGCCAGGAUGGAGGUGGAUGACCUGAGCUCAAGCCUGGAGCAGAUCACCAAGUCCAAGGCCAAUGCUGAGAAGAUGUGUAGGACGUAUGAGGAUCAGUUGAAUGAAAGCAAGUCCAAAGUGGAUGAACUUCAGCGCCAGCUAAAUGAUGUCUCAUCCCAACGGGCCAAGGUCCAGGCAGAGAACGCGGAACUGGCCAGAAAGUUAGAAGAACGUGAAGCCCUGGUCACGCAGCUGAGCCGAACUAAGAUCUCCUUCAGCCAAGCCACAGAGGAACUCAAGAAACAGCUGGAUGAGGAGAACAAGGCGAAGAACGCUCUGGCUCACGCCCUGCAGGCCUCGCGGCACGACUGCGACCUGCUGAGGGAGCAGUACGAGGAGGAGCAGGAGGCCAAGUCCGAGCUGCAGCGGGCCUUGUCCAAGGCCAACGCCGAGGUGGCGCAGUGGCGGAACAAGUACGAGACGGACGCCAUCCAGAGGACCGAGGAGCUCGAGGAGGCCAAGAAGAAGUUGGCAUCGCGGCUGCAGGACGCCGAGGAAGCAGUGGAGGCGUCCAACGCCAAGUGCUCCUCCCUGGAGAAGACGAAACACCGCCUGCAGACCGAGAUCGAGGACCUGGUGGUGGAUCUGGAAAGAGCCAACUCCGCCGCCGCCGCCCUGGACAAGAAGCAGCGCAACUUUGACAAGGUGCUGGCCGAGUGGAAGCAGAAGUACGAGGAGACGCAGUCCGAGCUGGAGGGCUCGCAGAAGGAGGCACGCAGCCUGAGUACGGAGCUCUUCAAGCUCAAGAACGCCUACGAGGAGUCGCUGGACCACCUGGAAACAAUCAAGCGGGAGAACAAGAACCUCCAAGAGGAGAUCUCGGACCUCACGGAUCAGAUCGGCCAAGGAGGAAAGACAAUCCACGAACUGGAGAAGAUGAAGAAAGGCCUGGAGGCAGAGAAGAGCGAUAUCCAGGCAGCGCUGGAGGAGGCAGAGGGUGCCCUCGAGCAUGAGGAAAGCAAGACCUUACGAAUCCAACUAGAACUGAACCAGAUCAAGGCUGAAAUUGACAGGAAGCUGGCGGAAAAGGAAGAGGAAAUCGACAACCUUAGGCGUAACCACCAGCGUGCCAUAGAGUCCAUGCAGGCCACCCUUGAUGCUGAAGCAAAGUCUCGCAACGAGGCUAUCAGGCUCAAAAAGAAGAUGGAAGGGGACCUAAAUGAAAUGGAGAUCCAGCUGAACCACGCCAACCGGCAGGCAGCAGAGUCCCAGAAACUUGUUCGCCAGCUGCAGGCUCAGAUCAAGGACCUGCAGAUUGAACUGGACGACACACUCCACCAAAACGAAGACCUGAAGGAGCAAACUGCAGUGGUGGAGCGCAGGAACAACCUGCUGGUGGCGGAGGUGGAAGAGCUGCGCAGCUGCCUGGAGCAGACCGACCGUGGUCGCAAGCUGGCUGAGCAUGAGCUGCUGGAGUCCACAGAGAGAGUCAACCUGCUGCACUCUCAGAAUACUGGACUUAUUAACCAGAAGAAGAAACUGGAGAAUGAUAUUGCACAGCUGUCCAGCGAAGUGGACGAGGCUGUGCAGGAGUGUCGCAAUGCUGAGGAAAAAGCCAAGAAGGCCAUAACUGACGCUGCCAUGAUGGCGGAGGAGCUGAAGAAGGAGCAGGAUACCAGCGCCCACCUGGAGCGCAUGAAGAAGAACAUGGAGCAGACCAUCAAGGACCUGCAGAUGCGCCUGGACGAGGCUGAGCAGAUCGCGCUGAAGGGUGGAAAGAAGCAGAUUCAGAAACUGGAGGCCCGGGUGAGGGAGCUGGAGGGCGAACUGGAGAGCGAACAGAAGAAGAGCAACGAAUUCCAGAAGGGAGUUCGCAAGUAUGAGAGGAGAAUUAAAGAGCUCACCUACCAGACAGAAGAAGACAGGAAGAACAUGGCUCGCCUGCAGGAGCUGAUUGACAAGCUGCAGAUCAAGGUGAAGAGCUACAAGAGGCAGGCCGAGGAAGCGGAAGAGCAAGCCAACUCCAACCUGUCCAAGUACAGGAAGAUCCAGCACGAGCUGGAUGAUGCUGAGGAGCGAGCUGAGAUGGCUGAAUCUCAGGUCAACAAGCUGCGUGUCCGCACCCGAGACCAGGGAGGCAAGCAAGCAGAAUAAAACAGAAGUUACUCUGCACCUUACAGAAGAAAACAGUCACUUAGCUGCAACAGCUAUGGGAGUGUGAAAUAAAGCAUUUACAAUUUAACUGC